AUGACCCAAGCCUUGAACAAAUUCGCAUGGCCCCGAUCAUAUAAACCAGUAACGUCACAAUGCCUUCCGCGCUUCUACUCAACCCCGACCUACAGCGCGCCCGCCCCGGCCGCCGCAUCGGAAGCGGAAGUGCUGUCGGCGAAAAGUUACUGCUCGGGGCUACUCCAAAAGUUCGACUCCCCCUCCCACACCCUGCUCGCCUUCAUCCCACCCUCCGCCCAACCCGCCUACCUCGCCCUCCGCGCCUUCAACAUCGAAACGUCCCGCAUCGCCGACACCGUCUCCACCCCCACGGUCGGUGCCAUGCGCCUGCAAUUCUGGCGCGACAAUGUAAACCGCUCUUUCUCGGGCACGCCGCCCAAAGAGCCCGUUUCUAUACUCUUGUCCCACGCGCUCGCGGACCUUGAUGCGCGCACGGGAGGAACGGCGAAGAUGAGUAAGAGCUGGCUCAUGAGGAUCAUCGGUGAGAGGGAAAAAUAUUUGAACAAUGCGCCGUAUCCUACGUUGGAGUCGUUGGAGAAGUACGGGGAGAACACGUACUCGACGCUGCUAUACUUGACGCUGCAGGCGCUGCCGAUGGGAAGUGUGACGGCUGAUCAUAUUGCGAGUCACGUUGGCAAAGCGGUUGGAAUCACGGCUGUGUUGCGUGGAUUACCACUGGUGGCAUUCCCUCCGCCCCCGAACCAUCACUCCAACUCUUCGCCUUUGGGAGGCACGUUGGAUGCUCAGAGGAGAAGCCAGGGAAGUGUGACCCUGCCGUUGGAUGUGAUGGCCAGAACGGGUGUGAGAGAUGAGGACGUGUUGAGGAAAGGGGCGGAGGCGGAGGGAUUGCGGGACGCAGUCUUUGAAGUUGCGACGAGGGCAAGUGAUCAUUUGAUUACGGCCAGGCAAAUGCUGAAAAAUGUUUACGCUGGGGAGGAUGUAGAUCACGCCUUUGAAUACGAUGGGGAGGAAGGGCAUGACUACGAGGGGCAGACUAACAAGGGACCGGGGAAGGCUACCCAGCAGCAAGAGGAGGUGGAUAGGGCUUUUGGCGUCUUCAUGCCUGCAGUGGCGACGGGGUUGUGGUUGGAUAAGUUGCAGAAACUCGAUUUUGACGUUUUCAGAGAAGAGUUGAGAAGAAGGGAUUGGAAGCUGCCAUGGAAGGCGUAUUUUGCGCACAGGAGGAGAAUGUUUUGA